GCGAGCCCGCCCCCCUGUGAGCUAGCAUCAUGGAUGGAUCACGGUGCACUAAAAUUCAGAUUAAAUUCAAACCGCACUUAUAACUUGUUGAGUACAGCUUCCAGAGACACUGUGCCACGAAUCAACAUCUAACCAGAUGACAAAAGAGGUGAAGGAAGUGGUGACGUGUCCUGAACCUGAACAUGAGGCGUCUGUCCCGAAAGAAGGCCCUGAGUCUGGUGAGGGAGCUGGACGCCUUCCCCAAAGUGUCAGAGAGCUAUGUCGAGACGUCAGCAUCAGGAGGGACAGUGUCACUUAUAGCUUUUAGUGCCAUGGCACUUCUGGCUAUCUUAGAGUUCUUUGUUUAUAGAGACACUUGGAUGAAAUAUGAAUAUGCAGUUGACAAAGAUUUUUCCAGUAAAUUGAGAAUAAACAUUGACAUCACAGUUGCCAUGAAAUGCCAGCAUGUUGGAGCAGAUAUUCUGGACCUGGCUGAGACCAUGAUCACAUCCAGCGGCCUCCAGUACGAGCCUGUUAUUUUUGAACUGACUCCACAACAGAGACUGUGGCAAAGGACGUUGCUUCUCAUACAGAGCAGGCUGAGAGAGGAACAUGCUCUUCAGGAAGUCCUUUACAAAACUCUUCUGAAAGGAGCUCCCACUGCCCUGCCUCCACGGGAGGAUACCUCUAUGGAGCCGCUCAAUGCUUGCAGGAUACAUGGGCACGUCUACGUCAACAAGGUGGCAGGAAACCUGCACAUCACUGUGGGAAAGCCUAUUCACCAUCCUCAGGGCCAUGCCCAUAUCGCAGCUUUUGUGAGUCAUGAGACGUACAACUUCUCCCAUCGAAUAGACCAUUUGUCUUUUGGGGAGGAGAUACCAGGCAUCAUCAAUCCUCUGGACAGCACAGAGAAAAUCACCUAUAACAACAACCAGAUGUUCCAGUACUUCAUCACAGUGGUGCCCACCAGACUGAACACAUACAAGAUAUCUGCAGACACACACCAAUUUUCUGUGACUGAGCGAGAGCGGGUGAUAAACCACGCAGCAGGAAGUCACGGUGUUUCCGGCAUCUUUGUGAAGUAUGACACCAGCUCUCUGAUGGUGACGGUCAGCGAGCAGCAUAUGCCACUGUGGCAGUUCCUGGUGCGACUGUGUGGCAUUAUCGGGGGCAUAUUCUCCACGACAGGCAUGCUCCAUGGGCUAGUCGGCUUCUGUGUUGAUGUGAUCUGCUGUCGCUUCAAACUGGGAGUCUACAGGCUCAGAGAGGAUGUGCAGCUACACAACCAGAUGAACAAUCUGAACCACCAUCAGAUCCCUCUGCUGGAUGACCAUGUUCCUCGGGAGUAGCUCUUUUUCAGUGACCAAAGUCUCUGCCAUCAUCAAACUGCUGAUUCUGCCUCCUGCAUUGUUCACUGAUGAAGAGCUGACCUCACAAAACUGUAUGAAAUAAUGAACUUUAUCAUCCCAGUAGGACAAGUUAUUUAUUGUGCACUUUGUAAGGAGUUGUGUUUUUUUUAAACUAACGUUAGCAGUGUUAUUGUGUUAUUCUGCUGAAAAAGCUAAAGCUGUCUGUUAAACACUGCGCCGUUGAGUAAUUUAAAAUUCACGUCAGAUCAUCAUCUGUGGCAGCAGUCAUACAUGUGUGUUUUUUUAUAAAUAUUUCCAUGUUGUAAUGGUGCUUCUUUAAAAAUGUUCGCUUUCUGUUCCAUUCGCUGUAGCAGCACAAAAAAAAAAAAAACAGAUGUUCAUUCCAACACUGUUAAAAGUUGAAAUAAAUUUAACAGUUCGUGUCGUAUUGUUUCACAGCA